AAAAUUGUUAUAAGGUAAAAGGGGGGUUAUAGCUAAUUCUAUUUGCUAUUGGCUAGUUAUGUGAGAGGCAGUUUAUAGAAUGCCAUCACCUCCCACCAAAUAAUUUUAUUUUAAUCCUUAAAUGCGCUUUUCCUAUAAAUGCCUAUAACAAUAACUAGAUAGCUUAUGUAGAUAUAUUUUAUUUAUACUAAUAGUUAACAAAGAUGAAGUUCUCUUGCUUAUUAGUAUUGGUCUUAGCUGAUACUCUUUCAAUGGCUUAUGCCAGUGACUAUUCGAUGUUGUAUAAACCUGUACCAGUAUCUGAAUCAGAAUCAGAAUAUUAUGCCACUAGAUCAAUAUCUUAUGCAACUGGAUCUGUUUCUGCUAAUGGAUUACCUGCGUCACGGAAAGUAAAUAGUUUUAUUCAUUAUUCUGGAAUUGAAAGAGUUCCAAUGAUAGAAGAUCCCUUCCAAAAUUUGAGUGCUAUUGCUGAUCCAAACUCUGCCGUAGUCAAAUUAACUUCAACAAAUUAUACUUCAUUCCUUGAAGAAUAUCCCUUAGUUCUAAUUGAAUUCUAUACCCCCUGGUGUACAACAUGUAAAAUGUUAGGUUCGGAAUAUUCUAAAGCUGCUGAUUUAUUAAAUGAAACAAAUCCAAAUAUUAAAUUGGCACAAGUUGAUUGUGACGAAGAACAAAAAUUAUGUUUAGAACAUGAAAUUGGAAUCUAUCCAACUUUAAAGGUUUCGAAAAGCAAUAUAGCUGAAUAUACAGAAUGGAAUCAUAUGAGAACUGCUCAAACUAUUAGUCGUUAUAUGAUUAAAAAAUCUUUACCAGCCGUUAUAACAUUUGAAACUUAUGAAUUAUUGGAUAAUUAUAUUCAAACUGAGUCCGAACCUUUCGUUAUUCUUGUUAAUCCUAUUCAUGAUGAAAGAUUAAAUGAUGUUUUCUUUAAGUUUGCAGAAAUGGAGAAUUUACAUUAUUCGUUUAUAUCUGUUGCUGAUAAAACACAUAUAGCACAAUUAAACAAUAAGGUAAAUGCUAAUUUAUCAGACAAGAGAAUUUCUUUAAUCUUAAUACAUCCAGGAGAAUUUGAUGAUGUCAGAGAAUUCAAUUUCAAUAAUAUUCAAGAAAUUAAUUCAAAUUCGUUGCAUAAAUUUGUGUCCAAAGCAGCAAUACCAUAUGUCAUUGAGGAUAUUAGUCCUGAAAUAACCAACUAUAUGCGUUCCUCUAUGUUACCUAUAGCACAAUACUUUUAUAAAACAUCUGAACAAAAAGAUAUUGCAAUGAAAGAAUUUAGAAGAUUGGCUAAAAAGUAUGAUAGCCAAAUAUUAUUCACAGUUUUUAAGGGAAGCAGGAUGAGCCGUAUCGAUAUGGAUCUUGAUAUUCUUCCUGCCUUUAUUAUUCAAGCUGAACGGAAGCCUAAUCAAAGGAGUAAUUCUUUUCAUCGUAUGAAUCAAUAUGAAUAUUUAAAUGGUCCCCCAUUUGCUAAGAUUGAAUCAUUCAUAGAGGAUUUUAUGAAUAAGAAGUUAUAUAUAUCUGAAAGUUUACCAACUAAGGAGGAAGUUGCAGCAAAUCCAAUUGUUAAAUUAGUCGGUUACAAUUAUAAUGAAAUGAUUAGAGAUAUGUCAAAGGAUGUAUUUGUUGCAUAUAAUGAUGCAUUAUGCCGUUACUGUAAUGAUUUUAUACCAAUCUGGAAAAAGUUGGCAUCUAUUUAUAAUUCUAACAAGCCAAAUGCUAAGGUCAUUAUAGCUGUCAUUAAUCCCUUUAUGAAUGAUAUUGAUUCCAAAGCCCGAUUAUAUAAUCGGGGAUUGACUCUACUUUUCUAUCCUGCUAAUGGAGAAAUUGAUGAAAUUACGGGUUUAAGAGUACCAAUUUUAUAUGAAGGUGAUAAAGAUUUGGAAUCUUUAGUAGAAUUUAUUAAAGAAAAUGGAGGGUUAGGUAUUGAUGGUAGAGUACUACAGAAUAUAAAGGCUGUUCAAGGAUCAAUACUCCCAAAGUUUCUAAACUUUCAAUGGUUUAAAUUUCCAUUCUUUAUAAAUCCAUGAUUAAACAAUUAUUUAAGAAAGUCUGAAGACUCUAUAUAAGUAUAUACAUUUUAAGCGAUAUUAUUUUUAAUUUACUUCUAUUUUUAACUUUAUUUUUACGUCGAAAUUCGGAAUUGUCCAAAUCUGGUGCGCAUUCUACCAUAUGGAAAUGAA